AUGAGCGGCUCGCUAUUGCGCAAGAUAACGCGUCAAAUAUCGCCUCACCACAAUCCAGAGGGAAUCACGUUUGGAAAGUCUAAGACAUCGUUGGAGAAAUCUCGAACCUCUGCGAAACCGAUUUCCGCAGCAGAAUUAUACGCCGCGACGCUGGUGACAAAACUCACGGACGAGCUCAAAUAUGAGGUGGAGCAUGUCGAAAAAACAGCAAUACUGCCUGUGGCGCCCAAACGUGAGAAAAAACAGGACAAGAAGGCCGAACCGGCCAAACAACGCUCCAAGGCGCGCCUGACGGGCGCCCGCGUUGCUGAAUUGGUGGAGGCCGCUGGUGCUAUGCCAGAAGGUAUGUUCAAUUGUUACUAA